ACUUUUUCCCCAUCACUUCCGGGCUGAUAACAAGGGCCAUAGAUGCCCGCAGAUUUCCACUAAAAUCUCUUAGUUUGAUGUAUACAUUGGCACCAUAGCUUUUAUGUUUGACAUGAUGACAAAAGCCAGCAAAUGAUUUUGGUGUAUUGACGAAAUUAUUUCAAGAGCCGCGAGAAUAGCGGGCGAGAAAGAGCACACCUGUAAUGCCGGGCUGAUGAUGGUGAUGCUAACGUCGAUAGCAUUUGAUAGGCGCUGUCUUGCGUCCCUCCACCUGUCUGGCAGCGUUAAAGUAACCUGACUCUUCUACCGAGCAGCGUCUGUUAGUCCAUCAAGCAGAUCCACCAAAGGGACCACCAGUGCAUGACAAGGAACACAACCAGUCUCCAAAAGAAGUAUCUGGGUGUGUCCCUCACCCUUCCUGCCCUGCCCACCUCAACUGACACCACCCCCUGACCCUUGAACCCUUACCUGCAAGAUGAAACUGAAAGAGGACAUGAACCCACUGCUGCUGCAAGUCUUCCGCUCAGUGGUCUGGGUCUGCUCUUUCAUUACCUUCCUGCCAUGGUACUUCCUCUCGGGUGCCGGCACCAACCUAGACCGGGCACGGCGGGUCAAGGCGCGGUCAGUGAGCGGGCGUCCAGCAGGCCCUUACCGUGCGACCAACCGGGCGGGCGGUAUCCAUCAGAAGCUGGUGUGGUCCUUGCACCUGGGGGUGGACACCCUGGACAAGGUGAUGGUGCACGGGGCGACCAGGUUUCCAGAGAGGGACUGCCUGGGCACCAGAGAGGUGCUGAACGAGGAGGACGAGCUCCAACCCAACGGGAAGGUCUUCAAGAAGGUUAUCCUAGGGGAGUAUCAGUGGAUGUCGUACGAGGAGACCUACCAGGCAGCAGUGUGUUUUGGCAGUGGUCUGGCUGCGCUGGGCCAGAGGCCUCAGUGUAACAUCGCCAUUUUCUGUGAGACCAGGGCUGAGUGGAUGAUAGCAGCACAGGCCUGCUUCAUAUAUAACUUCCCAUUGGUGACGUUGUACUCUACUCUUGGCGGAGCGGCCAUCGCCCACGGUCUCAACGAAACAGAGAUCACCCACAUCAUCACCAGCAAAGACCUGCUACACAGCCGUCUCAAGGCCAUCCUGUUAGAGGUGCCUCGGCUGCAGCACAUUAUCGUGGUGGACAGUAAGCCAACCAGCUGGCCUGGCUUCCCCCGCGGCAUCAUGGUCCACAACUUGGUCGCGGUGCAGGAGCUGGGCUCUAGACCCGACAACAUGGCGGUGGCACCCCGGCAGCCUCUGCCCUCUGACAUCGCUGUCAUCAUGUACACCAGCGGCUCCACCGGCAUCCCCAAGGGUGUGAUGAUCUCCCAUAGCAACAUCAUCGCGGGCAUCACGGGUAUGGCAGAGCGCAUCCCAGACCUGGAUGAGACAGACACCUACAUUGGGUACCUACCGCUGGCUCAUGUUCUGGAGCUCAGUGCAGAGAUGGUGUGUAUCUCUCACGGCUGCCGCAUCGGAUACUCCUCCCCACAGACGCUAGCAGACCAGUCGACAAAGAUUAAGAAGGGCAGUAAAGGAGACACCAGUGUUCUGAAGCCUACACUCAUGGCUGCUGUACCGGAAAUCAUGGAUCGCAUCUAUAAGAAUGUGAUGACCAAGGUGGAGGAGAUGAGCAGUGUGCAGAGAACCCUGUUUGUGUUGGCCUACAACUAUAAGAUGGAACAGAUGACCAAGGGCUACAGGACCCCGCUCUGUGACAGUCUGGUGUUUAGGAAGGUGCGCUCGUUGUUAGGAGGUCACAUGCGGGUGCUGUUGUCGGGCGGAGCGCCCCUUUCUGCCGCCACCCAGCGCUUCAUGAACAUCUGCCUCUGCUGUCCCGUGGGCCAGGGCUACGGCCUCACUGAGACCUGCGGAGCUGGCACCAUCAGUGAAAUGUGGGACUACAGCACAGGCCGGGUCGGAGCUCCUCUGGUCUGCUCUGAGAUCACCCUCAAGGACUGGGAAGAGGGCGGUUACUACAGCACAGACAAGCCCAACCCAAGAGGUGAGAUUGUGAUCGGCGGGCCCAAUGUGACCAUGGGUUACUACAAGAACGAGCUGAAGAACCGCGAGGACUUCUUCGUGGACAGCGACGGCCAGCGCUGGUUCUGUACGGGAGACAUCGGGGAGCUCCACCCUGACGGCUGCCUCAAGAUCAUCGACCGUAAGAAGGACCUGGUGAAGCUCCAGGCUGGGGAGUAUGUGUCUCUGGGGAAGGUGGAGGCCAUGCUGAAGAACUGCCCUUUCGUAGACAACAUCUGUGCUUACGCAAACAGUGACCAGUCAUAUGUGAUUGGCUUUGUGGUGCCCAAUCAAAAGCAGCUGACAGUGCUGGCGGAGCAGAGAGGGUUACGGGGCAUGGAGGAGAUCUGUAACAACCCUGACAUGGAAAGAGACGUCCUCCGCAUCAUCACAGAGGCUGCAUUGUCAGCCAAACUUGAGCGCUUUGAGAUCCCUAAGAAGAUCCGUCUUAGUGCAGAGCCCUGGACCCCAGAGACUGGCCUGGUUACGAGCGCAUUCAAACUCAAACGCAAGGAGCUCAAAUCACAUUACCAGGAUGACAUCGAAAGGAUGUACGUGGCAAGUAACACACACACUCUCUCUAAGACACACACAGGUAAAGACAUAUGCAAGGAAUCUAAAAAACACUACCAAGAUGACAUGGAGACUGGAGAGGAUGUACGGCGGCAAGUUAAACAC